AUGCCCUUGGUUGAGCGCGGUUCACAUGCCACAGACCCCUCCACUUCAGCCGUGCCUCAACCAGUGGCUCCUUCUCCCUUCCCUUGUGCGGGAUUUCAAGUGGCGGGGAGGGGUGUGGGGUCAACACCGACGCUCCCUCACGCCUCUCCCCUGUGGCCGUGCAGGGAGGAGGCACCUGGAGGAGGGCUGCUUCGGAGGGAGGCAGCUGGUGGUGCUGCAGCUGUCUUGACCUCGCCCUCACGCUAUCAGCUAAUCGUGCCUCAACCAGUGGCUCCUCCUCCUCCCUUCCCUUGUGCUGGAUUUCAAGUGGCGGGGGGGGGGUGUGGGGUCAACACCAACGCUCCCCCACGCCCCUCCCCUGUGGCCGUGCAGGUGGCAGUGGUGGGAGCGGAGGGGGGCAGCACUCCACUCGGCCGUGAUGGGAUGGGAGAGUAUCGGGAUUGGGUCGUCUGGAACAAGGAUGAAGGUGGGAGCACUGGAGCAGGGCGGGAGAGUGGAGUCCACCCCCUCACUCACCUCCUCCUCUCUCCUUUUUCCCUUCCCUCCCAGCAGCACCCUGCCUGGACCACAGAGGAGUCUCUCCCUUUGCUAAUCCCCCCUUCUCUCUCCACUUCCCAGCAACCUCAGCAUCAUGGCGCUCUGCACGGCUAA